AUGUUCUCAUCAUUGUUUGGUAAACGUAGAUCAUCUCCAGUGGAAGAUGAUACGCCCCCAAUACCUGGACCGAAAGCCGACGAUGGAUUCGUAAUUGUGGAUCCUAAUCCUCCCAGGGGAGGAUUAUAUCCGAGCUUUAGUGGAAACCAGUUUCCUCCCCGCCCCGCCCCUGCGCCUCCAGUUGCUAGGAGGACUAAGACAGACCAAACUUUCCAUUAUUUACAAGGUGUGCCGUUUUCAUUGUCAAAAGAUAUACAAAUGUCUACGAACAAAGACGCGUUCGCUGCAGAGAUCGGCGACCUUCUGGCCUUCCUCACAAGCAAACUGAACAUGAGCAGCUAUAAAUAUGACUUCUCAGUGGAAAGGAGUGUUCUCAAAGAGUGUUGA